CCGGCGUCCUCUCGCGAUGUUUGGCCCCGCGAAGGGUGGCCAUCUUGGAGUCCGCCCGGCGGCUGGUGGCCCCGGCGGCGUCUCGCCUCCCGCGGCCGCCACCAAGGCCGGCCCCGCAGGCGUCUGGCCUGGGGGCGGCCAGUCCGGCACGAUGUGGCGGCUCCGCUGCAAGGCCAAGGAUGGCACCCAUGUCUUGCAGGGGCUGUCCAGCCGGACCCGACUACGGGAACUCCAGAGCCAAAUUGCCGCCAUCACCGGCAUCGCGCCCGGGGCUCAGCGAAUUCUCGUCGGGUUUCCGCCGGAGUGCCUGGACCUCGGCGACGGGGACCUCGUCCUGGAGGACUUGCCCAUCCAGUCAGGCGACAUGCUGAUCGUUGAAGAAGACCAAACCAGGCCCAACACUUCACCUGCAUUUACGAAACACGGUGCUCCUGGUUCUGUCCGGGAAGCUUUGCCCGUCCUGACCAGAACCAUGGUCCCAGCGGACAACUCUUGCCUCUUUACCAGUGUAUACUAUGUCGUUGAAGGCGGAGUGCUGGAUCCAGCCUGUGCCCCCCAGAUGAGGCGCCUCAUAGCACAAAUCGUAGCGAGUGAUCCAGACUUGUACAGCGAGGCCAUUCUGGGGAAAACCAAUCAGGAGUACUGUGAGUGGAUCAGAAGGGAUGACACUUGGGGAGGAGCCAUUGAGAUAUCCAUCUUGUCUAAGUUUUACCAGUGCGAGAUCUGUGUGGUGGAUACACAGACAGUAAGAAUCGACCGAUUUGGGGAAGAUGCGGGGUAUACCAAAAGGGUGCUGCUCAUUUAUGACGGCGUCCACUAUGAUCCGCUCCAGCGCAACUUCCCGGAUCCGGACACCCCUCCCCUGACCAUCUUCUCCUCAAACGACGACAUUGUUCUUGUACAAGCACUGGAAUUAGCAGAUGAAGCUCGAAGAAAGAGACAGUUUACUGAUAUCAACCGCUUCACCCUGAGAUGCAUGGUGUGUCAGAAGGGAUUAACUGGCCAGGCAGAAGCGAGGGAGCAUGCCAAGGAGACGGGCCACACCAACUUCGGAGAAGUGUGAUCUGUGCACGAGGAGGGUUGAAGCCUACUACCUCACUGAUCCAGAAGGCUCUGGGUUUCCAAUAAGCUAUCCAUAACCCUGAAGAACAAAGGACAAUGCUUGAACCACACCUUGAACUUGAAGCCACUAAGAUGCCGAAAUUCCUUGUUAAGAUUAAAAUUAGUGUGCAAGUUUACAGAUGUGUGUCUACAGUGGUGAUCCAUGCCCUCUUUCCACUGGGGUGACAAGUUAGGUAGCCUUUACAUCUGCUGACAUUAACCUGAAGAUGAGUUUUAGUAUUACAGACUAGCACCCAGCAGCUUUAACUGCAGGAGGAAAGAACAUCACCUUUCGAAUAAUGUUGAAGACCACUUGUGAGGCCACUGGACCUAUACCACAAUGUUUCCAGUUAACUGAGUACUUUGAAUAACUCUGAGAGAGUUAAUAAUUCCUAAAUUAUGAAUUGAUUUAUCAGAUGAAGAUACUCAGAAUUGUCAAAACUGAUUUUAUAUUGCAGUUUGGUAGACUUUCAGAUGUGACCUUCACCAUGUCUAAGUGCAUAACAAGCAAUCUUUACAGGAUGAGUGCAUUCCUAGAGAAUGUUACCUGAAGACGGGAGCUGGAAGCGUCCUGUUCCAGCGUUCUGGUGUGCAAAAGUAGAAUGUAUGAGGGAAAAGGUGCCUGAAGCAGCUUACUAAAGCUUUAAAAGACCAUCGGCCUUGUGUGUUUCAAUGCAAUUCCUGUAUUUGUCACAUUGGGUACAAUUUUAAAAUUAAUCAGGGUGAUUUUUUUUUUAUUGAAAUUCAAGUGCUUGAUUUUUGCUUUUUUAAAGAUUUGUCUGGAGGGAUUUAAUUCCCUCAGCUUUUUGUUUAAGAGCACUUCCUCUGAAAAACAUUCUCUCUCUUUUUUUUUUUUCUUCAAGUGAUCAUGCUGUGAUUCAGUUUGUGUUUUGGAAAAUGUUACAUACCCACACAAUAUCUGGUCUUGUGUUAGCUAACCCUGUCCCUUCCACUGACACACUUUUGAAUAAUUCCAUAUUUCUGCAAAUUAGCACUUUGUUUAAUCUGUGAGCUUGUACUCUGAAACAUUUUCAAAGUAAUUGGGAUAAUACUCUUGAAUGAAUUUCUUGUAAAAUAUGGAAGUUUCAAAACCCUUGCCUUAUUCAGCGUUCUCUGACUCCUGCUUCCUGCUAGUUGAUUAAGUGUGCAGCCAUUUGCUUGGUGGACUCGUCCACGAGGCACAUUCUUCUAAACCGGGGUUUCACUACAAAGAUCUUCCACAUAAGAUGCUCUACCUCUUUUCUUAAUUCCUGUGAGGAUCAGGGAUGCUAAAUUAUAACUUGUUAUGUAUUAUUUACCAUGUUGUGACGUUCUCUGGGUCUCAGUUUUGAUGAAGUAUCUCUUAGAAAUCUCUGGUAGACACUAAGCACUUGCUGUCUCUUUCAGCAUGUAUUCUCAACAACAUGUGAGUUUUUAGCAUUUGCACUUGAGGAGGGUGACCAUGUGAAAUUAACCAUGUGAACAAUUUAGGGGGGGAAAAACUUAAAGGAGCAGUUCACAGCAUGUGAUUCAAAUCAUGAAAUGACAUUGCUUGAGCACCUUUUGUAUGCAUUAACUGUUUAGGCAUUGUAAAUUCGUAUGGUAAAUAUAACUUUAGAAUGUUUCUUUUUCUGAGCCUUGAAAAGAACGCUUGUGAGCUUCCAGUACUGAAUGUUUGGCAAUCAUAUUAUGUAUGAAUGAACAUGGUUGGAAAUCUCUUCAUCCUGUCAUCUGGCCUAGAUGGUUUUCAUACAUCUUUGUUUUCCCAGAAAAGAUUACAUUUAAAACUAAGUUAUGAAAAGACCACCAGAUAACAUUCAUCAAAUUGAACUUUCUGCAUUGUCAUUCUUUAAGCUGCCUUCUUUUCUUUGCCACAUCAGGAGCUGAAUUGGAUGUAUGUUUACUGAAAUUUUAGACCUGAAAAUUUAUUCAUGCAACAAAUAUUUGUUGACUUUUCUGUCAUGUAACAGGCUUGCUUUGAUGUUUCCUAGCAUGGAUUUCUGUCACUUUAAAAUUGAGUAAAUAUGAAUUAUAAUGGAUUAAUUCAAAAGUGAGGAGAAAUAGAACAAGGAUAUUUUGCAGAAGUAAAUUCUUCCAUCUUAUGAGUUUUGUUUACAUACUGUUAGGUGUAUCUUAUUUAUCUGGGUCAACUAGGUUGUCCAGUCACCAGGUGAACACUGAUAAUUCAGAUCACCUUUUAAUACAUACUAUAUAUAUAUUUAUAUAUAUUAAAUACAGAUAUGUAUUUAAUACGUAUACACACAUAUACACGUGAUUUUUUAAAAUAUUUGCUGAAAUUCAUCACUGAUACUUUAAUAGUGUUUUAAUCAUGAACAUUUAGGGUGAAGCAUUAUUUGUAGCCUAUGUGAUUGAAUUAUUGAUUUUAAAACUUCUCAUUCUAAACUCAAGCUUGUGAGCCUUGCAGAAUCUAGUCAUUUUACUAUGCUUAUUAGGCUUGUGGUCAGUAAUGAAUGUGGAUACAUUCUUGUCUUGAGAAUUCUGAAAAUGCUGUGGAUUUAUUAAGUUUGCACUGAAGCAGAAUGAAGGCCUUCUUUCUAUUCCUUCAGUUUUUGUCUGCCAUACCAAAAGGGGGAGGGGGAGGUGUAAAUUAAAAUGAGGGUAGUUUGCAUUAGUGGAAGAAUGGAUAGAAACUGUUUACCACCACUCUUAAAUAGAGUGAUCUCAGUGUUAAAAAUUCCUAUCUCUGGGGACCUGGUGAUGUGACAACAUCAAUGUGUCUUGUGCUGAGGGUUCACUGUUGAUUUCUUAUUUGCCAUGAGUGAGAAAUGGGUAUAGUCAAGUGGUAUCCUUAAGCUUGGCUGUUGUGAGCUUAAUUAAGAAUUAAUGUAUAGUCAUGCCAUUGAUUUCCAUGAAGUUCAGCAGAAUCAUAAAAAGGAAUUAUCUGUUUAUGCCCCUAAGUGCCCAAGCCAAAACCUGCUUAUCUAGCUUAUUCCUUCUGGGUGUUGCACGAUGCACUAGCUAAAUAGCUUUCUGUGUCUUAAAAAAAAUGAAUGGGAAAAUAUGGAGUAUAAGUAACAGUGUUUUGUUUUUAUAAAUCAGGUGGCCUUCCCUAAAUUCACAUGUUUUAGCAAUUGUGUUCUUUCAUAUGUUGACACACAUUAAUUGUUUGCAGCACUUUAAAAAUCAUGAAAUAAAAGUUUACAUGGAGCCCUCUGUAGGGAUCUUGUGAGGACACAAUACAGUUCUUGAGCUGCUGGCCCUCAGCUCUUACUGACCAAUAGAACUCAAUUUCAGCAUGAUCUGUGUCCCAGCAUUAAUGUUACUUUCUAUUAUAAUGUGAUUGUCUUUUAUCAUUCACUGUACAGUACAGUAUUCAAACUUGUCUUCAUAGCACAAAGAUAACAUUUUUUUAAAAAUUUGGUUCUUAGGAUUCUUCAUUUGUUUCUAAGCACUUACUUUAAGAAGCUGAGUUUUAAAUUAGGCCUUAAAACUCAUAUACAGACAACAACAUUUUGAAGUUAAACACUUGAUUUGAAUAAGCUAGUUUAGUAAAGAUGUUUUGUUGUGAAGCAUUAUAUUGUAUUCAAUAAAAAGAAUAUGAAACUUCCCUGAUUGUGGGAAUAAGUUUUUUUGUCUCCCAAAAUCAGCAUUUUAUUUAAAGUGCUUUGCAGAUUUGACUUUUUUCUUAAAAAAAGACAUGUACCUUGAUACUGAAUAGUGGGGCAAUAGCUUAGGUCCUAACUCAUAGGCAUUUAAAGGAUACUAACACUCUUCUAAGGUUUUUCAGAAUAAAGGAUGAAAGCAGAAAAAUAAAAUGCCAUUAAAAGAAAUUGCCCAGUGAUGCAUUCCUAGUCAUGAACUAGGCUUUUCAGAAAACUUCUCAAGCAAUGCCUUUGUGCCACCUUAACCCUUUCCCAUGUUUUGGCACAAAAUGUAGCAGGGCCGUAGGUGGAAAAGCUUGCCAUUGAAGUAUGAACCUAAAAACGUACAUUUUGCCAUGAUAUCCUUUAUACUUGGGUUUUUAAAAGUACCUACAGGUAGGAGUUUCAGUAUAGUUAAGAAAUGACUGGUUUCAAUUGUAGUUAAGCAGCAAAGUGUAGAAUUUCUAAGAUUACAUGUGUUGGACUUUGGGGCAGGUAUAGGAUAUACCUGUGUUACUUAAAAGACCAGGGGGCCUAAUUCUUGUCAGUUUUCAUUGGUGCCAUCCAAGACUCGUAUUGUUUACAGGAAACACAUUUAGUAGUGUUUUUCCUUUUAAAAGUUUUGAAUUCAGCUUAAAAUACAGCUUGUGUGUGUAGUUUGUUAAAAGGCAUAGAGUAGUGGUAAGUCCUGUAGUGGGUGUGUGAAUGCAGUAGAGGUGGGGCGGGGGAGGGGACGUGGCGGUUCUUGGAUGAAACAGAAAAGACCAUCAACUCCAGGGCUUCAGAAUGACUUGGAAAACCAGAAAGGAGGGAAAAGUAGAACUAAGCUGUUUGUCUUGACCUGAAACAUACUUACCCUCAAUGAAAAAUGGACAGCGUUUUCUUGUUUAAAGAAUAUUUCAUCUAUUUGCCACCAGUUUUUUCAAAGUUAAAUGCACUGCUGCUACCUGGAAGAUGUCUUGUGCAACGCUGUGUAAUUUUGCCAUUGUCAUUAAGAUGCAUUGGUUUUAUUUAUAAGAUAUAUGAUUUAAAAUACCUAAAUGCUGUAUGAAGUGACUUGUUUUAAAGAAAUAAAUCAAGUGAA